AUGCGCGCCCCUCCUGGAGACGUAUGUGAAGCGAGAGGAUCGAGGAGGCCGAGGAGAAACCGUGACAAAUCAUUUUUUGUCUGCAGUGGGUUGGACGCGAAAGAAGAAGACAUGGUUCUCGUCUGCCAUUCCCUGCACCAGCUGGCAGUUAAAAGCGACCCUGCCAGGCCCGAACGGUCCGGACACGGCGGUCACGGCAAUCUGGUGACACAUCACACCUCAUCGGAUAUGGCUGAUCCUGACGGCGAGCUCGACAAUGACGAUUAUGAGGAAGGCAGUGAAGAAGCAGAGGUUUUUUCUGAAGAUAAUGGAAGCGACUCCGAUAUUCCAAGAACGUUCACGCCAAUGCCGCCACAUCUUGCCUUGCCACUCGAACUCCAGAGACUGAUCUUGUCCUUGGAGACAUCGCAGUUUCAAUGCACUUGGGGCUCGUAUAGAUUUGUUUGCAAGGCUUGGAACGAAUAUAUUCUUGAGCUGGCUGAAAAGCGCUGGAUUCCUAACGCUGCCUUCCAUUAUCGUGGCUACAUGACGCGCGAUUCUGGACUGAACAAGGUUCUUUUGGGCGGAGCGUUUGAAUUCUCUCGGAUGGACGGCGACAACGCUAUUUUCGCCUCAGACUCUUCAGAGGAGCACCGCAAAGCUUUUAUAAAGGCUUGCAAGGCUACCAGCCCUCCCGAUGUUGAGGUCUGCAUGUUGGUUCAUGAUGUGCAGAUUCCUGGAAUGACUGUCGACUGGGACGCGUUGACGAUCACUUGUCCAUGGCGGAAUCUAGUUGGCCGUGUCUUGGCGGAAGAACUCCGUGUGGAGGAGUUCAAGAAGACAAGCUACAAGAAGCUGAUUCUGGCCGCUAAGGAACUGCGCUCCCAAGGGAUGGACGGAAUAUACGCUAUGUUGGACAUGUACGCCAACCACCUCGAUGACGCCUAUUCUUCAGUCCGUCGUGAGCGUCUGGGCUAUGUCGAUAAGGCAGGGGAUGAGCGUCUCAAACAGCUCCGCGUUUCCGCUUCCCUGGCCCUGCUCGAGGAUGAAGGUGAAAGCGUAAAAUAG